AUUUCUCAUUGGCAACGACAACAAAAGUGGGGAGGAAACUGUAUUGACAGUAGUGGCACAAGCCUCCAAAAUCUCAAAUCAUACCCUACCCUAUCGUCAUCGACCUGAAGAAGAAUGGCAGCGGCAGCUUCGGCUUCGGCUUCGGCUUCAAUGGCGGUUUUGACGCACCGCCUACCCGCCGCUAGAACCGCCGUUCUAUUCUCCCCUUUACCGAGCCGUCCGUUUUCCCCUCCAACUCCAUUCAAGCAGCUCAAGGAGCCCCUGAGGUCGUCCCGGCUCCUGGUCAAGGCUUCUUCAUCAGACGAGACGUCUUUGGACUCAUCUGAAUUGCUUACAGACCUCAAGGAAAAGUGGGAUGCCGUUGAAAACAAGACUACAGUAAUUAUCUAUGGAGGCGGCGCACUUGUGGCACUUUGGCUGGCUGCAGUUAUCGUCAACGCAAUCAACUCAGUCCCAUUGCUUCCAAAACUCUUGGAGUUGGUCGGGCUCGGAUACACUGGAUGGUUUGUGUACCGUUACCUUCUAUUCAAGUCGAGUAGAAAAGAAUUGGUAGAAGACAUCGAAGGGUUGAAGAAGAAGAUUACAGGGACAGAGUAAAAGCUUCCGGUCCCAAAUUGUUGUUAAUUGUUACAGUUUCUGUUUCAUCUGUAAAAGAGAUCUUUGUAAUAUGUAAUAACUAAGGUUCUGUUGUAUUGGAUGAGAUGCCUUCAUCGAUUCGGAUCAAGAAAGUUGUUCUGUUUCUAA